CCCCAUCCCACUCCCCGUAUCCCCGGGCGUGGGACUGUGCAGGGGCACCCCCCUCUCCCCCCGGGCGCCUCCGUAGGUCUGCACAAGGGUUAGACCAGGAGGGGCUCGUGUUGCUGAACGGUCUAAAGCAUAUUUAUAAAAUUACUGUCCGGGGAUCCCAAGCUGGGGGGCAGCCCCCAAUAUCAGCACAAUAUCAGUGUCGUCAUAUAUCACAAUGGCAGUUCCUGUCAGCAUGAAAGCCUUGACUCUCUCUGUAAACUGGAACCUAUGAUGAUGGUGUUAAUUGCAAUAUAAUUGUCCUGCUAAAAACGUCUAUCAGCAGUAUGGGAUUCUUGGGCUUAUAUGAAUCCUAUAGCCAUGGCCAGAUCACGAGGUCCUUCCCAAUCUGCAGGGCCAACAAUACAGGACUACCUGAAUAGACCAAGGCCUACAUGGGAAGAAGUGAAAGAACAACUAGAAAAGAAAAAGAAAGGAUCGAGGGCAUUGGCUGAGUUUGAAGAAAAGAUGAAUGAGAAUUGGAAGAAAGAACUAGAAAAACACAGGGAGAAAUUAUUAGGUGGAAAUGAGAGUUCCUCCAAAAAGAAAGAGAAAAAGAAGAAGGAAAAGAAGAAAUCAAAUAGGUUGUCUUCAUCUUCCUCUUCUUCAUCAAGCUCUGAUUCUUCCAGCAGUUCAUCUGAUUCUGAUGAUGAGGAUAAGAAACAAGGGAAAAAACGGAGAAAGAAGAGGUAUCGCUCCUUGCGGAAAUCUUCUGAAAGCUCUACUUCUGAUUCUGAAUCAGAUAGCAAGGACUGCACAAAAAAGAAAAAAUCAAAGGAAGAACAUGAAAGAGAAAAGGACAACAAAAGUCUUAGUAGGAAAAGGAAGAAAAUUGAUCGUGGGAAUGGACCUUUAUCAUCUGAGUCCUUAUCAGACUCAGAUCCUACAGAGGAGAAGAGGCUUCCACUGUCAAAAGCUGAGUUAGCAUUUCAGCAAACUAUGAUUCCAGAUACUCAGACAGUGACUUCCUCCAGUUCAGUGGUACAAGUGAAAAAGAAAAAAAACAGUGAAGAAAGAGAGAAAGUAACAGAUAAAACAAAAAAGAGAAAGAAGCACAAGAAACAUGGUAAAAAGAAGAAAAAGAAGACGGCUGGUUCAAGUUCAGAUUCAGAAUAACACUUAAAAAUCAAGCCUGUCCCUUCAACAAAAGUGCAAUGACUAAAGGAAACUUCAACUGUGAAAAUUAUCGCAAACUUUACCACACUGCAUGAGUUUUCCAGUGUUUUAGAAAUAUUACUAGACUUUCAAUAGCCAGCCAGGUGCUAAUGUGCCCGAAAAGUCCAUUGUUGUUGCCUGCUGCUUAAUACCUGGGGUACAUUUUUUUUUUUAAUUACAGUAGCCAGUGUUAGUUUAAAAUCAUAAGAGAGGGUGGUCCAGCUAAUAUGUAAAAUAUUAGGAAAUAGAGUGCAACCUUUUAGAUACUAAAAAUAGUGUUUUAACAAGUUAGUAAUAUAGUUCAAUUUUUAAAUCUGCAGAAAUAAAAUCAAAAAUUCAUCUUGAAGAGGAAUAUAACACAAGACUAUUGAUACUUGCUGACUACUAAUGCCAUUUGUGAAAUGGGAAUAGAAUAGUAACAGUUUUAAAGGUUACUUUUGUAGAAGUAUUUAUGAUUUUGCCCUUUAUUUUCUUUUGGGAGUGUUACCAUUUUGCUAGCUGAAUUAGGGUGCCUUUGAUCCUUGCAAAAUCUAACUAUUUUUAACAGUACAACAGCUAUAUUUCCUAGGGAGAUCAGAACUGGUAUCAGCAGGUUUUCCUGAAUAAACAAUUCUGGGCCUCUAGCAUGUACUUUUUCAUUAAGUAAGAGCGGUGACACACUGCAGCAUAACUUGACAUCCAAAAAUUAAAGACUUUACCUCCACUAACUGAAAUGAUGCUGAAUACUGUGCUAUUAAUAUGCAUUAUAUCAUUUAAAGUAAUUUUGAGUUUAAAUGAACAUUUUUGGCAAACACUGGUAGCUUUUUUCCUUUGCAUUGCCAUUGAGAUAUUUAGAAUUAUUUUGUAUGUUUUGUACCAUUUUUAAAUAACGUACAGGUUUUCAGUUGUAACUAGUGAUUUAUUUUUUUUAUGAAUUAUGUUCCAGGUGUGGAGUUUCAUGUAUGUAUUUACUUUAUUCUUAUAGUAAAUUCAUUUGCUGUGAUAAAAUGCACACUUGCUGAAAAUAUUUAGCAUGUAAAAAGCAGGGUUUUGAUAUCUAACAGCUUCAUAUUGAAGCUGAUUUUACUCUAAGCAAGUUCAGUGGCAGACCUGUUAUGCGGAUGUGUCUUGUUAUAUAAAACUACUGCCAGAAUCUCAGUAAAGAUACUCUAAAAAGUU